CUGAGCCGGGGAGGGAGAACACUCCGGGAGACAGGAAGUGGGGAGGGAAAGAGACAAGAGAAGAGACAAGAGAAAGAGAGUUGAAUGCAGUCGGUUGUGCCUCGGGAUGUGCGCCAAUAUUAGAGCCUGAGCGUAACAUGUACUGAUCACUUCCUACGGGGGACCGUGCCACCCUCCCACCAGGGCUGCAACCAACCGACACCAUGUCUCAAAGAAAAUCUGAUUCCUCGCUUGGAGAAAAAUCCUCACUUUUGUUUGACAGAAAGAAAUAUGCCUCAGAAUUUAAGAAGAGUGCAACCUUGGUCCCUGCAGUACCGAGAAGGACUGAUGUGUCAAGAAGGACUUUAGAGCCAGUGGAUAAUGCCUCCUACAUUCCAGAACGGAUCCCUUCUCCCGUGGAAGCCUCCAGGGUUAUACUAAGCACAGAAAGCCCAGCGGCACAUAAACUUGGGACUCAGCAAAUGAUUCCCAAAGGUUUAGCUGUGGCCACUAAAACCAAAGUCCCACGUCAUCAUAGCUUUGCUGCCACGACGUUCACCAGAGAAUUAGCCCGCAAUGAUCCAAAAAGGAUAUCGGCUCCCGAUAUUUGUCUGGAUCCUUCCGAAGAUGAUAUAGACACAGGGGGGACAUUAAAAAGAAAUUUAAGAAACCAGUCUUACAGGUCAGCUAUGAAAGGCUUUCAGAACUUUGAAGACUCUGAACCUCAAAAGCCUUUCUCAACCUUAAUGCCUGUAUCAGAAGAUCCAUUGGCUCUUCCUCCGCGCAGUCCGGGGAGAUCUAAGAAAACCUUUGGAAGAAAGAGAAUGCAGAGACAUGCUGGUUCCUUCAAAGAUGACCCCCGGCUGUACCAAGAGUUUCGGGAGAGAGGACUUAACUCCAACAAUCAGGAUGAUGAUGAUCUGCUGGAGGAGAAGGGAGAGGCGGAGCAGCCAGUGCCAGAUGAUGGCAUCGUGGUGAAGAAUUAUCGGCCUGCACAACUCAUCUGGAGCCAGCUUCCCGAGGUACAAGAAUCUGGGAUUUUGAACAAGAUUUCCCCUGAAGAGCGGAAGCGCCAAGAGGCAAUAUUUGAGAUCAUUACUUCAGAAUACUCCUAUCAGCACAGCUUGGGCAUCCUUGUCCGACUCUUCCAAAAAUCUGAGGAACUAAGACAAACUAUUACCAACACUGACCACCAUCAUCUGUUCUCCAACAUUGCAGAGAUACUGGAAGUCAGCAAAAGGUUUUUUGAAGACUUGGAGAAAAGGCACAAAAUAAACCCAUUCAUUGACAACAUAAGUGAUAUUGUAGAGCAUCACUCUCAGAAGACGUUCCAGCCCUAUGUGAGUUACUGCUCCAAUGAAAUGUACCAGCAACGGACGCUCCAAAGGCUCAUGUCCAACAAUGCACAAUUUAAAGAAACCUUAAAGCAAAUAGAAAUGAAGGAGGAAUGUGGUGGCCUGCCCAUGUUGUCUUUCCUAAUUCUACCAAUGCAGAGAGUCACUCGUCUUCCUCUCCUGAUGGAUACUAUUUGCCAAAAAAUGAACAUGAACACUAAGGAAUAUGGAGAGACAACUCAUGCUCUGAAAGCUUUAAGCAAGCUGGUUAAGCAGUGCAAUGAAGGGGCACGGAAAAUGGAAAGGACGGAGCAGAUGUACACCCUGCAAACGCAGCUCGAGUUCGGGAAGAUCAAGCCGUUCCCACUCAUUUCUGCCUCUCGCUGGUUGUUAAAGAGAGGUGAACUGAACCUCGUGGAAGAAUCUGGAGUUUUCUGGAAAGGCUUUGGAAAGACUUCUUGCUACCUCUUCUUAUUCAAUGAUGUCCUUAUAAUAACGAAGAAGAAAAGUGAGGAAAACUACAUAGUAACAGAUUAUGUCACGACGGAUCGUUUUGCUGUCGCUAAAUUAGAAAAUGGUGACCAGCCUUUAACGCCUACUGCUAAAACUGCAACAAGUGGCCCCCGGAGUCCAAAUGGGCCCUUCUUGUUUCAGAUUAAGAUCAGUAAGAACAGUGAUGGGAAACCAGACCAAACUGUGUUGGCAGCUGACAGUUUGAGUGAUAGAGCACGAUGGAUUGCUGCACUUGAGCGGAAAGAAGACCACAAAGAGAACAACAGAUCUAGGAGAGGAGGACUGCGCCAGGUGGAAAUUAUAAAGGCUUACUUGGCCAGACAAGCCGAUGAAAUUUCACUCCAACAAAAUGAUGUGAUGCUGUUGUUGCAGGAAGAAGAUGGUUGGUAUCAGGGAGAAAGACUCCGGGACGGAGAAAGAGGUUGGUUUCCAGAGUCCUGUGCUAAGGAAAUCACCAACCAAACCGCUGUGGAAAGGAAUGUUCAGCGAAUGGAGAGACUGAGGAUUGAGACCGACGUGUAAUGGAAGAGAUGGACAUUCUACGCCAAGGCCACACUGUGAGACAGACCUGUGAAUCCAUGCAGUGUAUAGUUCCUGGACCAUUGCUUGGUCAACUUAGUUUGUAUCAUAAAAUACAUUUCAGGAGAUCUUCGGAGAUCGUUCUACUGCAAUGAUGCCAAUCUCAGGCAGGAAUGUUACUAGGUUGCCAGGAGGUCCAUGGGAAGAAAACCUCAAUCAGAGCUCAUUCAAAUUUGGGAUCAUCUUGGUCAACCUGUCCUACGUUCUGUUACCCAGGGAGCAACACUGCAUGCUCAGCAUUACAAAUAGCUGUAACAUAGUCACAAAUUGUGUUGUCCGAUGAAACCACUGACUUGUGUCAAGCAGGGGAAGAGCAGAAUAAUGAGUAAUAAAUGGCACCCCAAAUGCUAUUUUAUUCCCCAUGUAUAAAUUGAAUGUAAAUAUAAAGAGAAGAAUGUGGAAUUAUAUUCUUGUUGCCGGGUUCACAUCUGCUUCUAUAGAGGAGAUGACUAAGGCAAUGGGUAAACAUGGUACAGGUAUGGGAUCUAUUUUCUACAAACCUGUUGCUAUAAAACACACCAAUGCUAUUUCUCAUUGUCUCCUGUUUAAACCAAAAGAUAUUCACCUUCACUUGAUUUGAUUUUUCUCCACUUUAGCAUAAAUCCAUGUGUAUAAAAAAACAAUACUAUUGGUUUCUUUUUUUAUUAUUGGUGCAUAGUGCUCCAUAUUAAUGCUCCAUUGUGCAGGAAAGCCAAGGUCCCCGGAAUAUGAUCCUGAAAAGUGAUGAUCAGAAUCCACUGUAUCCUCUCCUGAAUAAUCUGAGCUGCUCUUAUUCAACAUUCUCUUUCUGGGCCUAAAUGUUUAUAAGAAUUCUGCAUUUUCUUGCACAAUUAUAUUAUAUUUACUGUUCUAGGAAUUCUAGCAGUUUUACACUGAAACCCUGCAUUUUGGUUCUUAUCUGCUACACUCUUUUCUGGGGAGGUAUAUACACGGGACUUUAUUAUGUUUGUUUUGUACAAAGUCUACAUCAUAACCAACAUGUGAAUUAUUUUUUGAUAAAUAAGUGGAAUGCAUGUAUUUUGGGAAAAAAAGUUCUACACUUUA